AUGCAUACAACGAAAGGUACAACACCCAAAGCACUGCAAAUCAAAUUGCAGUUGGAAGGUACCCGUAGCAACAAUGGAGUUGGUGAAUCAUCGUUUAGGGUAUUGUACUAUGGGACUGCAUCAGCAGGAUCUGUGCCGUUCAUGUGGGAGUCGCAGCCAGGAACUCCAAAACACGCACUCACUGAAUCAUCUCUCCCUCCUCUCACACCUCCCCCUUCGUACAACCAAUUCACCCAAAAGUACAACUCAUCAAUGCAGAUGAUUAACCACUCUCCAAAGACUUCCAGUUUUCUUCGAGCCAUUUUUCUUUCUUCUUCCCGGAAAAGGAACAUGAAGGCGGCGCCUCCUUCUUCAUUUUCUACUUGCUCAGUUUCCUCUUCGUCGUCCUCCUCGUCACAGUCCACGCCGAUGAGGAAGACGGAUGGGUGGCGGAGGACGUCGGUGGUGAAGUUUGGAUUGGAGGAGGAUAUUGCGAGUGGUGGUGGUUCAGAUUCACCAACGUCGACGCUGUGCUUCGGCGGUGGGUUGAAGAAAGGUCAUAAGAUUAAGAAAGUUAAGAAAGCAAUGCUGUCUUUUGUACGUCAUGGUAAGGCAUCAUGA